AUUGCUGGAAAAACGAUUUUUCCGAUAUAGUAUUACUUAUUUUGACCAAAAUGCAAAAAGCUUUAAAAGAACUCUAUUAAUUGUACCAAAGAAUUUAUUUAUUAUCGUAAUUUGUGUUUAUUCGUUAGGAUAAAACAAGUAUCGCCGUUGCGGCUAAAUUGUGGUGUUAUUAUUGAUAUUUUUAUUUUACGUGCUUACAUAAAGCUAUAUUAUUUUUUAGUACGUUUAUAAUUUAUUUAUUGAAUAGUUAAACCCCACAAACCCACCGUUCUACUUGUAAGAAGUCACAAAAACCUUUUAAAAAAAAUAUACUUUUUAAAAAAUAAAAAAUGUCUGAUGGCCAUGGAGAACCCAAUCAGCAUAGGAAGGAAAGUGUUUCUGCAGCGAAUGUGGCCAGUGAUAGCCCUGUAACGGACCCCGGGCAAGUGCGAGGGGGCUCCACCGUAGAACCGGCUGCUGGGAAGUUUGAAGGCCCCAGGGUCAAGUCUGGGGCCCUAAAAAAAUCUGCGAGAUAUAGAAGCAGAUCCCUGUCGGCGUCUUCGGCAGAUUCGUACAGUUCUACGUCCUAUACUGGGUCGUCAUCAGAAGAAGACGAAGGCAUCCAACCCCAUGAGAAGGCUAUCGCAGCCGGCACCCCUAACCCUAACUACUGCGUGAGGAACGUAGAACAACAUGCGUUCGGACGGAGAGAGAUAGAGAUAGCUGAGCAGGAGAUGCCGGGGAUCAUGGCUUUAAGAGCGAGAGCUAAAGAAGAUAAACCACUUAAGGAUGCCAAAAUUGUGGGCUGCACACACAUCAACGCUCAAACGGCGGUUCUCAUCGAAACGUUGGCCGCAUUGGGAGCCACAGUACGCUGGGCGGCUUGCAAUAUCUACAGCACGCAGAAUGAAGUGGCAGCAGCUUUAGCACACGCAGGUUUCGCAGUGUUCGCCUGGCGAGGUGAAAGCGAGGAAGCCUUCUGGUGGUGCAUCGACCAAUGCUGCGCUCCCAGCGCCACCUGGCAGCCAAACAUGAUACUAGACGACGGUGGUGACGCGACGCAUCUCAUGUUGAAGAAACAUGGCGCUGCUUUCAAACAGAUCAAAGGCAUAGUGGAAGAGAGCGUGACGGGCGUCCAUAGGCUGUACCAGCUGAGUAAAGCAGGCAAGCUCUGCGUCCCCGCCAUGAAUGUCAACGAUUCUGUCACUAAAACCAAAUUUGACAACCUCUACUCUUGCCGUGAAAGUAUAAUCGACGCCUUAAAAAGGAGUACGGACUUAAUGUUCGGCGGGAAGCAGUCCGUAGUCUGUGGUUACGGCGAAGUCGGGAAAGGGUGCUGUCAAGCGUUGAAAGCUUUGGGAUGUGUGGUGUACGUGACAGAAAUCGACCCAAUCUGCGCGCUGCAAGCCGCCAUGGAUGGAUUUAGAGUUGUCAAAUUAAAUGAGGUGAUAAGACAAGUGGACAUCGUAAUAACCGCCACCGGGAAUAAAGGGGUCGUCACACGUGAACACAUGGAGCGGAUGAAAAACGGCUGCGUCGUGUGUAACAUGGGGCACUCUAACACCGAGGUGGACGUCCAUGCGCUACGGACGCCCGAUCUGCUGUGGGAGCGAGUGAGAAGCCAGGUGGAUCACAUAAUCUGGCCCAAUGGAAAACGUAUAGUGCUGCUAGCCGAAGGCCGCCUCGCUAACCUCUGCUGUUCGUCUCUUCCCUCAUUUGUUGUCUCUGUCACGGCCGCGACACAGGCCUUGGCCUUAAUAGAGCUUUAUAAUGCACCACAACAUCGAUACAAGGCGGAUGUAUACCUCCUACCGAAGAAGAUGGAUGAAUACGUAGCGAGCCUUCACCUGCCUACCUUCGACGCUCACCUCACAGAAUUGUCCGACGAACAAGCGAAGUACCUAGGUCUUAACAAGGUCGGCCCGUUUAAACCUAAUUAUUAUAGAUACUAGCAUAGAGGGAAAAUCGCCCCUCAAUAGCCUGGACACUGCUGCAAUAGUUAAAUUAAGAAAUUUGUCGAGAAAAUUGCAUAAAGUAAGCCCUUAAUCAAAUGUCAACAAACGACUAAAAAAAAAACGAUUUAGUCCGUCAGUCAGAUCAUCAAAAAAUUUUGGACACAUAUUUUUUCUUUUUUCUCGUAAACUAAUUACGAUGGUACAGUGGGUUGAAGUUUCGCGUGACGUCACGCCUAGGUACAAUUCCUGCCUUACUUUAGGAAUUAAUAAAAAAUUCCUAAAGUAAGGCAGGAAAAGUAAUGAGAUAAAUUCAUAUUUUAUUUUGUUAGCUUAAUUUUAGUAAGGUUAACCCGAAGGUUAACCCACCAUUUUAUAUGGAAUUUGACAGAUGACAGCCCACUAACCCUGAGUUAAGUGGUUGGAGCAAGUGGGCUUUAUAAAAUUUAAAAAGAAAUUCCAGUUUUGUUACGCAUUUCCAGUAUUUAAUGAACUGACACGUAAAAUGUGUAUGAUUCGUCUGUUUAUCU